UCGAGAGGAGUAAGUAGUUCAUCUCACAUUAGACUCCCAACUUUCAACACCACAUCUCUAGUACCACACAACGAACCACAAAAUGUCCACCAUGCAGGCUGUAGUCUUCCAAGGUCCUCUCAAGGUCGCUCUAGAGCAGCGGCCCGUCCCACAGAUCCAGGAACCCACCGACGUUAUCGUCAAAGUACGCUAUACGGCGCUAUGCGGAAGUGAGCUCCAUGUUUUCCGCGGCCACCAACCGUCCGGCACGGGUUUUGUAAUGGGUCAUGAAUUCACCGGCGAAAUCGUCGAAGUCGGCUCCGCGGUCCGCGGCUUUAAAGUCGGCGACCUCGUCGUCUCCCCGUUCACCGUCAACUGCGGCGAAUGCUUCUACUGUGCCCGGAAAUGCUCCUCGCGCUGCGCAAAAGGCAAGCUCUACGGCUCGGUGAUGCUGGAUGGCGGACAGGCUGAUUACGCGCGCGUUCCGUCCGCGGAUUCAACCCUCGUCGCGGCCCCCGCGGCCGUAGAUGAGAAGAAACUCGUCUUGAUGGCGGAUAUCCUUCCAACAGGGUUCUUCGCCGCCAGGAAUGCGUUCAAGGGGAUGGAUCAGGCGACGAUUGAAGAAAGCACGGUCUUGUUAUUUGGUUGUGGACCUGUGGGACUUUGUGCGUUGAUCAGUGCGCUGGAUUAUCGGCCUAAGCAUUUGAUUGCUGUUGAUAGUGUCCCGUCACGGCUGGAGUUGGCGAAGAGUUUGGGGGCCGAGCCGUGGAACUUCCAGACUGAUGCGGAGGGUCUGAAGCAGCGCGUGAAGGAUCUUACCGAGGGUCGAGGGGCAGAUGUUGCCAUUGAAGUCGUUGGGCAUAGUGAUGCUUUGCGUAUGGCAUUUGACAACUUGAGGCCGUGGGGUCGCAUCUCGAGCAUUGGGGUUCAUAAUGGGGAGAUUCCCUGGACUGGCAAUGAGGCGUACGGGAAGAAUCUGCAGAUUCAGAUGGGACGGUGUCCUGUUCGCAGUAUCUUUGAGGAUGCUUUGGAGUUUCUGAUUCGAAAGCAGGACUCUUUGAGCUUCAUGGUUGGUGAUAUUCGGCCUUUGUCGCAGGCGAUUCAGGCAUAUGAUGAUUUCAACCAGAUGAAAUCGCAGAAGAUCAUUUUUGAAGCGGGAAAAUAGAACCCCUGAAAGUUAAGUCCGAAAGGCCAUGGGCUAGCUAUGCUGUUUGGCUGAAUAGCCUAUAUGCAAAGAUGUCCUGUUUACGAAAUGAUUGUUGUAAUAAUGCAAUGAACUUGAUAACUGGGCAGGUCUUCUGUCCAGUUCUAAGAAUAGCGUGACAGAUAAACAACGGUAGAUUUAUAAAGCAACGAAGACG